AUAUCAGCUGUCAAAAUACCGGUUUGUUAUUAUCACAGACAGAUCCUACUUUGAGGAGCGCAAAGGAAAGUCUUUUUUAGCUAAUUAGAUUUUAAAUAGUUUACUGAAAAAAAUGGAUUCAUCCUGCCAGUCUAGUGGAGUGCAUAAUAAGAGAUGGAGUCAUUUGCGCAAGAUUCUUGAACGUUCCGGACCCUUCUGUCCGCCUAAUUUCGCUGCCUCAACGGAGACGCUGGAGUUUUUGCUAGAUACUUGCAAAAUUUUGGUUGUCGGAGCUGGUGGUUUGGGGUGUGAGUUGCUGAAGGAUUUAGCGCUGAUGGGCUUUCGAGACAUCCACGUUAUUGAUAUGGAUACGAUUGAACUGUCCAACUUGAACCGGCAGUUUUUGUUUCGCAGAGCGGACAUAGGAAAGUCGAAAGCGGAAUGUGCAGCAGCUUUUAUCAAUGGACGCGUACCAGGCUGCACUGUUACACCACAUUUCUGCAAGAUUCAGGAUUUUGAUUCGAGUUUUUACAGGCAGUUUCAUAUUAUCGUUUGCGGCUUGGAUUCGAUUGUGGCUCGUCGUUGGAUUAACGGUAUGCUGAUUUCGGUGCUGGAGUAUGAAGAGGAUGGUUCGGUGGAUGAGACGUCUAUUAUACCACUAGUCGAUGGGGGAACCGAAGGCUUUAAGGGAAACGCCAGGGUUAUUUUACCCGGGAUGACGGCAUGCAUCGAUUGCACACUGGACUUGUUUCCACCGCAAAUCAGCUACCCGUUAUGUACGAUUGCAAAUACUCCAAGAUUGCCGGAACAUUGCAUCGAAUAUGUGAAGAUUAUACAAUGGCCCAAAGAAAACCCCUUCGGUACAGACAUUGCGUUAGACGGCGACGAUCCGCAACAUAUUACCUGGGUUUACGAGAAAGCGCAAGAACGAGCGAACACCUAUAAUAUUACUGGACUGUCGUAUCGAUUGGUACAGGGUGUCCUGAAGAAUAUUAUCCCAGCGGUGGCAAGCACCAACGCCGUAAUCGCAGCAGCUUGCGCUACUGAGGUGUUCAAAGUGGCAUCCAGCUGUUGCGAGAUCUUGAACAACUACAUGGUCUUCAAUGACAGUGAUGGCAUCUAUUCAUACACCUACGAGGCGGAGAAAAAAUCGGAUUGUCUUGCCUGCAGCCAAGUGCCUCGUCCCAUCGAUGUGGUUGAUCCAAAUACAAUGACUUUGCAGGAUUUGAUUCAGCAUUUGUGUGAUAGUGUUGAUUUUCAGAUGAAAAGUCCAGGUCUGACGGCGACUAUCAACGGGAAAAACAAAACGCUUUACAUGGCGGCGGUGAAAAGUAUCGAAGAAGCGACCAGAGCGAAUCUCACUAUGUCCCUUGGUGAGCUCGGUUUGAAGGAUGGCCAGGAGCUGACGGUGGCAGAUGUUACCAAUCCGAAUGCAAUUUUGAUCAAGCUUAAGUUUCAGAGCAACGAAGUAGAGAUGGCUUAGUACUGAGUAGCGCAGUACUGAGUAAACACAAUUAAUAAA